CAGCAGGAGGAGGCAACCCGAGCAGACGACUCCCACAACUGGUCCGGUACUUUGAGCCUGAGUUUACCAGGGAGGCAGACGGUUACAUACUUGAUAUUUAACGUAGGUCCACAUUGCAAUAUUUGACGAUGGAUGGACUGGGUAAAGCUGUAGUGGGAGUGUGGCGAGCGCACACGGUCCUGGAUGAGUCUGACGGUGCGGAGAGCUCCCCGGAAGCCCCCGACCGUUUCCGCAAGCUUCGCUCUUCAUCUUCACUCAACUCUCUGCGCAUGUCCUUGCGCAAGCGGCUCCCGCUUAGCUCCGUGCAGUCCAACUCCCUCCCGGAAAACCCAACUUCGGAAACCCAGAAGGAGCAGCCGAAGCCCAGCGCGGUCCGCAAACUUACGCGCAGUGCUCGGAACUCUAUCACUGAAGUAUAUCAGAGGCUGCAGCGAACGAGAGAGUUUGCACGCGAGGAGUGUUUGGUAGCGACUCCCGGUCGGACGUGCGACGGGGAGGAAGCGGUUGCAUCGGCUUCCCGCACCCCUAGACGCACGCCAGGGCGUACCCCCCGCCCAGCUGCCACGCCUGGACGUACCCCUGGCUCCAGAGGAAGAAGGACUCCAGAGGCCGGCGUGCGCGGGGUGAAAAGGGAAGGAGGCCGGCGGCAGCUGGUCCGCAUGGCUGCAUUGCAAAGUCCCUUUGCCUCCCCCAACACACAAAACCAGAGGAAACGGUUUGACAGUGAUUUGGAGUCGGUGUCCAGUGGGAUCAGGAGGCUGAAACAUCUGUCCAAGGCCUUUGACAACAUAAUCGGCAGAGACAACAGUACACAGGGGCGUUCUGGGGGCACCGUGAUGAGAAAGUUGGAUCCCAGCGGUAAACUCUGUCGCUCCAACCUCACACGUCGAGCCUCCAACCUCUCGAACACACUCGGAAGUUGGAGCAACACUAUUCUCAAACCCAACUGAGCUGCACGUGUGUAUGUAAAACACACUGGACCUUUUUUUGUAGCCAUGUUCCACAUGUAUCUUUCUUGAGGUGUACUUUGCAUUUUACUUGUAGUGUUGUUGAUGUGAGACUGGGAGACUGUUACGUGGCAGCUUGUCUGUCUUUUUUUAUGUUAAAGUAAUUAUUGUCUGUUUACAUGUCUCAGGUUAGCUGGUUGUGAUCCAAACAUCCUCAUCGUAGCUACCAAAGGGAUUUCUGUGUUUAUUUGCCCAUCAUAGCUGCUGCAACCACGUGUCUACGCUACAUUUUCAAGUACAGAUUUACGUCUCCAUUUGUAUUCUCACUCUUUCUCAGAAACCAUUAUUCCAGUUUCUACAAUUAUCUUUAUAAGACAAAAACCAAUUGUAUUCCAGAACUAACACUAAAUUGACAAAUGGAAAAUGCCUUUUCCUGUACUUUAUAUGUAUGCAAUAAUGUUACUUGUUAUUCCUUUCUUUAAUGUGAAGAUUAUUUUCUAAGAAGAGUUUUUUUACACAAUAAGCAAGCUAGUAUUUGAGUCAAGUUUUCUUUUUUUCCUUGAGGCAGUGUUUGGCACUUUUAACGGCCCGUGAAUGAUGCAUGCAUCCAUACCAUACACAUAAAUCAUUUGAUAAUGUAAUGGGGGAAGAUGUAAUGACCCGUUCCCCUGUGUCAACGAUGAUGAUAAUGUUAUGAAGCAAGUUAUUAGUGCUGUGACUUUCAAACAAACGGUAUUAAAUUAUGCAGAGCUCCCCCCUUGCCGUUCCCAUGUAUUAGAACUGCACUUCAAGAGAAAGGGAGAUGAUGUAACUCAAUGUGGGAGGAAAGAAAUCAAACAAUAAAGCCUGUAAGCUUCAGUGACCUGGAAGUUGUGUCUUUUUAUGCCUCUAUGUAUACAACAGAUUUGGUCGCAGCUGUUGUAUACAUAGAGGCUUUUUGUGAUGACAGCACACUGAUCCAUUCUUGGGAAGAAGGAACUGGGGGAAUUUCUACAAAUCUGGCAAAACUUUAUUUGGGAUCCUUGUAAUGUUAUUACAUUUCAGAGGUCAUUGUGACAUACUGUAUAUGGAUGUAAAAUGCAACAUUACUGUUUUAAAAAGACAUUUGACUGAAGCUAGAAUAUUAUUAUACAGAUAGAACUGGAUCUUUAUGAACGAAACAUCCACAUUAGACUAGCAGGCUAUUUACUUUUUUUUACCUAAUAAGGAUUUAGAAAUUGAAUCAUAAUGUGACUGGGUGCCUUUUUUGUUCAGUUGUAUCGCUUAUUUGAGUGGAUAUUUUUGGAAAAAAUACUUACAUUUCUAUAAGUACUGUAUCAAAUUAUUAGGCAGCCUACUUAUACUAUAUCUUUGUUUUUAUUUUUAACUUAACUAACCCAUAGCUUUAGAUUACUAACCCAUAGCAUAGCAUUAUAUUUUAUUGUUAUUUUAUUUACUCUUAUUCCUGCUCCAUUGUCAUACUGUCUGCUGCCAUGCAUCAACCGCCAAGUCAAACUCCUUGUAUGUCUGACAUAUGGCAAUAAAUGUUUCCUGAUU